CAUGGCUGAUCUUAAAUUCAUGUCCAUUCUUCUUCUUACAAUCAGCUUUACAUAUGUAAUCUUCUGUGAAUCUGAAUUGAUUUCUGAUGAUUUGGGUUAUCCUCAGUCUCCGCCACCUUCAUCUGUGCCUACUUAUCCACCCCUUCCGACUUCUGCCCCACCUGUACCCUCUUAUGUUCCUGCUCCAUUUUCUAAUCCACCAGCACCUGCACCAAGUUCCAGCCCACCUGAACCUGCUUCUAUCUCUCCGUCACCUUCUUAUCCAUCUUCUCCCACUUCUCCACUUACACCAUUUUUUCUAGCUACACCUCCUCCAAGCUCCAAUCAAACCAUACCCACCCCUAGUUAUUCCCCACCUGCCAUGCCUUACCCGUCACCUUCUAGCUUAACCCCAUCUGAGCCUCCAUCGCCAAUUCCAUCCCCACCUGCUCCAAAUCAUCGUCACAUAAAGGCUGCUUAUUGGCCAUCCUUUGAUGGGUUUCCAGCUUCUUCUAUUGACACCUCAUAUUUCACUCACAUAUAUUACGCAUUUCUCCAGAUUGACCCGAACACCUACGUUCUUAACAUAACUCCAUUAGAUCAACAGCAAAUACCCAGUUUUAUUACUGCACUUCGAACACGGAACCCUCCCGUAAAAACUCUAUUGUCCAUUGGAGGAGCAGGUAAUAAUCGAACUGCAUUAUCCCAAAUGGUCAGCACCGAAGAAACACGUAAAAUCUUCAUUGAAUCCACCAUUGAAGUUGCUCGAAAAUAUGGGUUUGAUGGCAUUGACUUUGAUUGGGAAUUUCCCGAAAAUGAUAGAGACAUGUCAAACCUUGGAUUAUUAUACAAGCAAUGGCGAAUAGCUCUAAAUCAUGAAGCAAUUAUUGGGGGUAAACCACGUCUUCUCUUAACUUCAGCUGUAUAUUACGCUUCAAAACAUAAUCUCUACGGCGAGCUUGCAACAUACCCAGCUCAGGUCAUGGCUAAAUACUUGGAUUGGGUUAGUCCCAUGUGCUUUGAUUAUCAUGGGUCAUGGGAAAAUUUCACCGGGGCACAUGCAGCUCUUUUUGACCUGAAAAGUAGUAUAAGCACUAGUAAUGGACUCGUUUCGUGGAUCCAAGCCGGCUUACCCACCAAAAAACUGGUCAUGGGACUACCAUUGUACGGACACACAUGGACACUCAAGGAUCCGAACGUAAAUGGAAUUGGAGCACCGACUGUAAACGUUGGUCCUGGAGGAGGAAUUUUAAGGUACUAUGAAAUCGUUGACUUCAAUAAGGGAAAUAAUGUGACUGUCGUGAUGGACUGGCCAACGGUGUCGUAUUACGCCUUUGUGGGAGAUUCUUGGGUCGGGUAUGACGACUCCGACUCCAUAAAGAUGAAGGUCCGAUUUGCUCGGUUUUGGGGCUUGCGCGGAUACUUCUUUUGGGCUCUCGGACUUGAUAAAGAUUGGACCAUCUCUAGAGAAGCUUCAAAUGCAUGGUGA